AUGCGCCAUGGAGCAACCUCCGCCGCCACUUCUGGAUCCUGCGACAUCCCGGCGACAAAGUCGAAGGACAAAUUCACUUGCGAUUGUGACAGUUGCCGUGCGUCAGGGGCUCCGCGUGGUUUUCGAACGGCUAGAGCCUUGGCCGAACAUCGACGUCAGACUGUUGCACCUCAUUUGACGAAUCUUCCUGUCAACUCGGCGACUCGGACAGAGAAUGCGCUGAGCCAGUCCCGCGUUCUCGCUGCUGCCGCCGCAGUUCACGAACGAGAGCAGGCGAGAAUCCGAGAGAGGGCUGAGAUCGGCGCCGCCUUGCCUCCACCGAUACGGGUCGAAGGAUUGUCCACGCACAUGCAGCACAAGUAUAAGGCGGUGGCUGCAAUAUCAUUAGAGACAGAAAAAGUGGCGGAACUGCGCGUUGCAGCGGAUGAACUGUGCCCUCCCCAGCCAGGCUUGAACCUGGCAGCGUUGGAAGUCGGUAUCGGACAGAUCGAUCGCCACCUCGCCAAAGUACGCCAGCUUCAGACCCGUUUCCGAGAAGCCUCCAAUGCCCAUAAGGAGGCGGCAGCACAAUCGCUGAUUCAUCAAGCAAUGCACAAGCUAGAUGGAAUAUGGAACGACGCCAUGACCAUCAAGCGAUCCUGGGAGGACGCCUCGGCAUGCAUGAAGCCAAGUCGCGACGACCUUGAAGACAUCACUUUUGAAACCGGCCAUUAUCACGAGCCCCUCUUUCGCGAUGUCGCAGUGUGGAUGCAAAUGAUCUUUUAUUUGAUUGUUGUUUGCUCCACGCUUUUGCACAUCUCUCGCCGAGGUUGUCUCUGGGUCAUGAUGUCGACCCAGGAUAUUGUUCGCCGUGGGCUCGGACCUGUCAAUGAUCCUACUCGCCAAGAGUUCAAAGACGUCCCAACUAUGCAAGAACACUUCAAUUUGGACACAGCAUAUACCAUUCAUGCGUCCUGCCCUGCAUGCCAUCACACACAUCGACCGGAGGGCGAGGGACCGGGCAUGAUCUAUCCUUCGAUAUGUGUGAAGCGGGAUAGGCAAGGUCGCAAAUGCAACACGCCCUUGCUACAACCACGACAUGCCUACGGUCGUGAAACCGCGGUACCUAUCCGGCCCUUCAUUGAAUUCCACUUCAUCGACUGGCUGGCUCGCUUCCUCGCUCAUCCCGGCAACGAGAAGAAAAUGGACAAGAGCUGGGAUCGCCUGAAUGCGGAACCUGUUGACCUCAGUGAUGUUCUAGACGGGUCUUUUGUCCGCAACUUCAAGGGCCCUGACAAGGCGCACCACUUCAGUGUCCCAUCAGAGGAUGGAGAAGGACGGUAUCUGUUCUCACUCAACUUCGACUUUUUCAAUCCACUGGCCGCUCGCAAGAUUUCGGGGUUCGCGAGCGCGUCGCACACGCAAUUUUGUACUGUCUGCAAGUGCACCCGUGAUACUGUUGAAGAGCGCAAGGCAGCGGAGGAGGACAAGGCCGCCAACCAAUACACCGGUCGCGGAGUGGGUUACAAUGACAUCCGAGUUGACGACUGGCCUUUGAGGACGGACGGAGAAUGGCAAGCCGCAGCUCAGGCGUAUCGGAGCGCGGCCCACCCGACGCAGGCGCAGGCCUGUUUCAACUGUACCGGAGUACGCACUUCGGAGUUCCUCCGAUUGCCAUACUAUGAGCCGACGAAGAUGAUUGUGGUCGAUCCUAUGCACAACCUCUUCCUCGGUCUCCUUCACGAGACUUUCCGUAGAGUCCUUGGGUUCUCGGAGAAAGCUGAUGAUGGUCCUGCCGUGCACAGACUGUCGAUAUCUCUCAGUCCCACCGACUUCCUGACGAUCUCGAAUGCCGACCUGAAAUACGACGACGAGGAAGCCGAACUCCACAAGAAGUUGGUUACCUUAUCAAAGGCUGCGCUUGUGCACGUUACCCAGGGUCUAGGCUGUCCUAUAGAGUGUGAAGUGCCCGCCUUACCAAACUCUCUCCAUCAAUCGUCAAGGAAAGCUCUUACAAAAUCGAAACUUGUCGACAGGCUCAUCAAUUGGCGCCGCAAGCAGACAGAAACUGCGCCCAUUAUGGAUGAUGGUCAACUCGAAAUCGGUCAUGUCAUUACCAAAGGAGAGAUGAAAGCACUGUGGGCAGAUAUCGCUGCUGUGCACACACCGUCUUGGGUGUCAUCUGUGCCUCGCAACUAUGGAUCCGCACAACAUGGGAAGCUGAAAGCAGAUCAAUGGCGAGCAUUGGCCAUGGUGUAUAUUCCAGUGACUCUCAUACGGCUAUGGUCCGGCUCGACAUUGCAACGUCAGCAGCUACUGGACAUGACCAUGCAUUUGAUCGCUGCCGUGGAUCUGGCUUCUUCCCGGAAAUUGAUCCAAGGAAACGAUGCAAAAGUGGAAGAUCAUAUGCUGAAGUAUCGAAUCGCACUCCACACUUGUUUCCCCGAGUACACGGCUCAUCCCAACCAUCAUCUUGCUCUACACAUCCCCCAUUUCUUGCGUUUGUUUGGACCCGUACAUGGAUGGUGGGCUUAUCCAUUCGAACGGAUGAAUGGCAAGAUGCUUAGGAUCAAGACCAACUACAAACCUGGUGCGAUCGCUUUCGAUUUCAUGUUUGUUGCUCACUAG